AAAUGGGGGAUCUAAACGAGGAUUUACUGAAUUAUGAAGCCGACUUACUGGAAGAUGAUAUUUUAGAUGAUAAUGAAGAUGAACUCCUACUUUCGGAUGAUGACAAUGCUGAUGCUGAAGCUCUUCUAAGUGACUCUGAAGAUUGGAUUGACGAUGAACUACGGUCAAAACCAAAAACAGAAUCUGGCGAUUCGAGUUCAAAUGCGGUUUCCGGUUCGAAUGAUAUUGCGGAAGCUCGACAAGAUUCACCCGAAGAAUCGACUAUAGCUACUGUAGCGCCAUCAGAAUCAACGCCUGAAAAGCCAACGGGAUCUAACGAGAAAACAACAGAGCACGUUUCAUCGACGCCUGACAAAAGUCUCGAGCUUGGAGAUCCAGAUCAAAGUCAAGAAUCAGGUGUAUCAAAUGCUGUCGAUAGUACAUGGGUAAAUACGCCAGAUGCCUGUGUUAGUAACAAUUUGGAAGAAGUUGAUGGAAGUUUUGUGCGAAACAAUAACGAAGUAUCAUCAACUAAUGCAGAAGAAGAGAGAGCAGCUCAACAAUUGGAGGGAUCAAAAUGCGUUUCAUCUUCUUCAAUUGACUCAACUCCUACAAUCGAACAAAAUAAUGAUGUUGAUACGCCAGCAACGAGUGCUUGCAGUGAAAUCGUGUCAUCAUUUAAUGAUACACCAUUAACGACUUCCAAUGAAACAGUUGAACGAGAAGCUGAAACCACAGAAACAGAAGAAGAUGAACGUGAAGAACGUAUAAAUCCAAAGCUCAGCGUUGAGAAACCUGAAGAAAACCUCAAUAACAAAGGCGUUCGAGUUCCUUCAGGACAUAAAAAUCACAAACAAUCCUCAAAUAGCUUUGAAGGAAUAACUCCCCUUUAUCCUCCUCGUCAUGAUUUUCCAUAUGGUCCAAAUCGUAUUCCGUUUCCUCCACAUAGGCCGGGAUUUGGUUCAAUGCGAGCUCCAUAUUUCAUGCCAAGGCCUACAUUUAACUCUUUACCUCCCGGUAUGCGAUCCGGAAUGAUGAGACCUGAUAUGCGAAUACCAUUUGAUCCAACACGACCAAGACAACAAAUACCAAUGUAUCCGCGAGGUCCUUUGGGAUCUUUCCCGCCAAAUGUUAUGCCGCCAAAUCAGAUGCCAUAUUCAUCAGGAGGCCUGAAUGUACAAUCUUCUAUUCCUAUUAUUCCCAAGAAAGUUUUAAUCAAUCCAAACUUCAAAGGAGGAGGUUUAGAAGCUGCGACAAGUCAAUUGUUGAAGGAUACACAACAAUUUGGAUCUCGAUCAUUGACAGACGAAGAAUUGCUGAGACAACAAGAGGAGUUCAUUACAAAAAAUUUGAUGCAUGUCGAAAAAAGAAGACAUGAAUCUCCUCCAUCUCGUCUACGAUCUCGUUCAAGAUCUCCAAGAUCACGUUCUCGAAGCUAUUCUCCUCAAAGAAGUCAUCGCAGAAGUCGUGAAAAGGAUUGGAGACCGUAUAACAAUAAGCGUAAUUGGCGACGAAAUAAUGAUGAUUGGAACAAAAGACGUCGAAUCGAAGAUAAAGAAAAAGAUGAGAAUCCGGAUGAUGAUGAGGAAACACGGGAAUAUAGGAGAAAAGUUGCCGAACAAAAAGCGCUUCGUGAAAAAAUGUUACGAGAUAAAGAGCGAAGAAGAAGAGAACUUGCAGAAGAAAAUAAACGACAAUUGCAAGAAGAAGAGGAAAAACGAAAGAAAGAAGAGCCUGUCUUGAAGUGCAAACCUGUUGUGGUUACAAAGAAAAUUAUUUCCCUGAAAGCUAUCAAGAGCAGUGGCUCGGAUAAUGAAGACAGAAAGUUAUCGCAAGAUUCAGGUCUUUCAUCAAGUGGUAAUGGCAAAAAUAUGUCAUUCAACAAAAUGUUCUCUGAAGACGAUGAUGUAAAGACAAUGGCUGUCGUCAAACCUAUCCAAAGUUUACAAACUACAAAGAAACCCGUUAUUGAUGGCAUUGAUGAAAAACUUGAGGCUGAAUUGCUUGAAGAAUCAAGAACGCCAUCGCCUCCGCCGCCUGCUUUAUUAAACUCCAAUCGUCGUGUCAUUAUAAAAUCUAAGCCUAAAGUAGAAGAAACUGUCACAGAGGAUGCUACAUCUAAAAAACGUAUUUUUGAUCGAUUGGAUCGUAAAUCAUCGGCUAUAGGAAUUGAUUCAUUGGCAAAACGUAAGAUACAAAGGCUUGUAUCUGACAAGUCAAAGUAAAAAGAUAAAAACUGUCUUUAGGUAAAAUUACUCUUUUUAUUA